CAAAGUCAGAUUAUCAAGAACCUUCACUAGCCUCACCCGUUAAGCAAGAUCAAGCAAGGGGAAAAAAAGAAGAAAAAGGAAAAUCACGUUCGACAAAGAAGAACUAGCAAGUCUGAAAGAGAAAUCAUAAAAUCAGAGGAAAAAAAUGGCGUUGCAAUGGGUGAUACUGGCGUACGUGGUGGCUGCAGAGGCGGCGGUGGCUAUUAUCCUGACAUUACCAUCGCCCAAGGCUCUGAAAUCUCGGAUUGUAUCGCUCAUCUCGCUUAUUCUGCAACCAUCACUCUUUAUCAUACCAUUCUCCGGUUUUCAGCUUCUGGAUAUUUACUGGAAGAAUGAACACCGGUUGAUGUGUUCUGGGGAGAUCUGCACUGCUGCUGAGAGGGAUCGCUAUGAGAAAUCGAUCUACAAGUCUCAGAGGAAUGCAGUGUUAUGUUCCGCUGCAUGCCUGCUCUAUUGGUGCAUUUACCGGAUUUGCAAGUAUCAUAGGGAGAUCCAAAGCAUGGAGGAAGUGGAGAAGAGGUACAAGGACCAGUAGUCUUUUUUCUUCCUCCAAUCCAGUAGAUACAAGGCAACGUAUUAGCAAUAUGAAAUAGCAGAGAUUUCUCUAAUGUUAGCUUUCUCAUACUUUCCACGGCUUCCUUUGUUUCAUAUACAGAUGUAAUUUACGAGCUCCUUUAACUCUUUCUGCAUCUAUUAAUUCUGCAUUCUGCCGCCAAAUCCAAAAUAAAUGUAGUUUUCAUGGUGUGAUCGUUACUUAGUGCAUUACUGAAAGUUCACUUGUCAAGACAUAUAUGAUCUUUUGUCUUGUUUCUAGUAGAAACAUGUUCUUCAGUAUUGCAGCG